GAAGGCAAACUUCAGUGUAUCCGUCCGGGGCGCCACACCCCAGCCGGACGUGCUGCCUGCACAUUUUCACCUGUUUGCACCCUCUGGCAGGAGGGCCAAACGCACAGGAAGUCAAAGGGGAGGUCGUUGUAUUAACCAAGACAUGCUUUGCCGUCUUCAAUAAGGGACAAAAACCGGAACAAUUAAGGAUGUCUGCUUGGUGAAGAAGUGGCCGCGACUCCACGAUCUCCGGGAGAAAUGGCGAACGCGACGUGGGAGCGUCUGUUUGCUCAGACGCCGGUAAAAAGCACGACGCAGCCUCCUGAAAUCAGCGAUCGCGCAUAUAAGCCUGCUUUUGUGUUGCAGACGUACCUCAUUGGAAUCGUCAUCGCAAUAUGUGGGAACUUCCUAAUCAGCAUCUCAUUAAAUAUUCAGAAAUACACACACAUGCGACAGGCCCAGAGUGGCUCCAAGCCCUACUACACCAGCUCCCUCUGGUGGUGUGGCAUCGCCCUCAUGGGCAUUGGUGAACUGGGCAAUUUCGCCGCCUACGGCUUUGCACCGGCCUCCCUCAUCGCCCCGCUAGGCUGCGUGUCCGUCAUCGCCAGUGCGGUGAUCUCUGUGGUGUUCCUGAAGGAAACGCUGCGUGCCUCUGACAUCCUGGGGGGAGCCCUGGCCGUCACUGGGACAUACCUGCUGGUGACCUUUGCCCCCCACACAGUCCAGCACAUCACCGCGCAUCUGAUCCAGAUGUACGCCGUCAGCUGGCAGUUCCUCGUCUACCUGGGCCUGGAGAUCGUGUUGUUUUGCGUGCUGCUGUACCUGUACAAGAGGAGGAACAUCAAGCACGUGGUGGUGCUGCUUCUCCUGGUGGCUCUCCUGGCCUCCCAGACCGUCAUCUCAGUGAAAGCCGUGUCCGGGAUGAUCGCCGAGUCAGUGGAGGGGAACAUGCAGCUCACAUUCCCCAUCUUCUACGUUAUGAUCGUGGUGAUGGUGGCCUCCUGUGGAUUCCAGAUCAAGUGAGUCCCACCCCCUGCCCCCGCAGCCCUUCAUAUUGCUUCAUGUUUGCUUCAUAUUGGAGCAGUGUUUCCCAGUCCGGCCCUCAUGGACGCACGGCCAGUCCACGUUUUUGCUCCCUGGAUCAAAUCCCCGAGGACCGGAUUGGGAGACCCUGAUUAUUAGACGAACGGAAAGGUUUCAUUCCUGUAGUUCCUGACGUUGAGGUUUUUCCCUGCACCUUGUCACCCGUAAUUAAAAUCUACAAAAGCAAGAAUAAUUACAUCGCUGCGAAUGGUUAACUGAACCAUUAUAUCAUGCGGCCAUUAUACACGUUUGUCAUUCGCUAGACGCUUUCAGAUAAUCUGCAAUUAGUAAGCUGACAGUCUAGUUAGGUUUGUUUUACCGCAUUGCCAGACUUGCAUUUGUGUCAUACUGCCUGUACGCGGUGCUCGAACCCGGAGCCCUA